AUGGGUGAAGGAGGCUACCAACAGAUCAACAAAACCCUAAAUGCGUGUGCAUUCGAUGACUACUUGGCAACGCAACAGUCCAACCUGCCAAAGCUGCUGGAUGUGGAGCAGCUGAGCCCACGGGUGAUCCGAAUUCUUGGCCAAAAUGCUGGAAAGUUCACAUUGCAAGGAACAAAUACGUAUAUCAUUGGCACCGGAAAGAGUCGACUCAUAAUCGACACCGCACAAGGUUACCGAUCAUGGGCCGACCUGAUCGAGACCACACUUGACGAGCGCUCAAUCGACUUAUCGCACGUAUUUCUGACGCAUUGGCAUGGCGAUCACUCCAAAGGCGUGCCGGAUCUACUGCGCAUGUAUCCUCAUCUGACCGAUGCGAUAUAUAAGAAUACCCCAGAGCCGAGCCAGCAACCGAUCAUGGAUGGACAGGUAUUCAAAGUGGAGGGAGCUACUAUUCGCGCUGUUCAUUCCCCCGGGCACUCACACGAUCACAUGUGCUUUAUUCUCGAGGAAGAAAACGCAAUGUUUACCGGUGAUAAUGUACUCGGUCACGGUACGAGUGCGGUCGAAUAUCUCGGAUCAUAUAUGGACUCACUGCGCAAGAUGCAGUCCCAGGGAUGCGUGCUCGGAUACCCGGCGCAUGGGGCUGUAAUCCCCAACUUGCCUGCUAAGAUUUCGCGCGAAUUAAAUCAAAAGAUGCGAAGGGAGAAGCAGUGUCUCGUUGCGUUGGACCGGAUUCAUCGUGAAAGGGGGCGGCCUGGGCAGCUGGGGAGUGUCUCCGUUACCGAGUUGAUUGAGGCGAUCCAUGGAGAACAAUUAGAUGAACAGGUGCGGACGAUGGUUAUUGGACCGUUUAUGGAGGAGGUUUUGAGGAAGCUAGCGGAGGAUGGGAAAGUUGGGUUUUGUGUGCGGAGGGGGGUGAAGAAGUGGUUUGCGCUCCCUUCCUUGACUGUUGGCGCCUGA